AUGACAACAAUUAAAGAUAUACUUGGUGUAUCUUAUAUUAGAAGAUUAAUAUUUCAACAAGUUGAAGAGAUUACAAAACAAGUGGUGAAAGGUCAAAACAAGAAUGGUGCUCAUAGAACAUCUCUAAAAGGAAAGGAUAUUGUCAAGUUGCCUUAUCUUGGCAUGGUGCACAAGUAUGGUAUGCCAUGGCAGUUUAUCAAACAUUAUCUACCUGAAAAGGAUAAAGUAUUGUCUGAACGAAGAAUGUAUGUGAUCGCUGGGUUGUGCAGACACCCAAAUGCAACCCUGGAGACAUUGACCAAUCUAUUGGCAUGGUCGACCGAGUAUGACCUUGUAGCUCAGCUUUCUAGAGGGAUGGAUCCAAUCGGUGACAUUGUAAGAGCUCGUAAUCCAGACAUUUUAGAGUUUAUCCUUGACAAGUACCACGACAUUGCUGAAAGAUCUACCUAUUUGGAUAUUGCUGCCGACACUGGUGUACUCUCACUCGUUCAACUAUUGGACCAAAAGAUCAAAAACAUUAAAUGCUCCACCGAUGCAAUGGACCUCGCCGCAGCCGCUGGCCAUCUAUCCGUUGUACAGUAUCUUCAUGAUCGUCGUACUGAAGGUUGCUCAGUUGGUGCUAUGAAUUCUGCAGCUACCAAUGGUCAUCUUGAUGUUGUCAAAUUUCUCCAUUUUAAUAGAACAGAAGGAUGUUUAACUGAUGCUAUGGAGGGUGCUGCGUAUGAAGGUCAUUUUGAUAUUAUUAAAUUCUUACAUGAACAUAGAACUGAGGGAUGUACUACUAGAGGUAUGGAUGUAGCAGCAGAAAGAGGCCAUUUGGAUAUUUUAACCUUUUUACAUCAACAUCGUAGUGAGGGUGCAACUACUGAUGCUAUGGAUAAUGCUGGCCAUUUGUCAAUCAUCCAAUUCCUUCAUAGACACAGAACUGAAGGAUGCACAACAAACGCUAUCAAAAAUGCUGCUACGAAUGGUAAAAUGGAUGCCAUUGAAUUUCUUCUUCUAGAACGAACUGAGGGAUUUACAAUUGAAGCCAUCAAAGAAGCAGCAGAGAGUGGAAAUCUAGAAAUAGCCAAGUUUUUGUUUAAAAAUAGACCAGAAGGAUUUAUCAUUGAACCAGUUGUUUUAUGGGAUUGUAGAAAGAUAACAGUAGAGAUGAUGACAUUCCUUUAUGAAAAUGGAAUUGGAUUCUCUUUUGUAACCAGAGUCAUUCGUUAUGCAAUUGAAUUGGGAAGAUUGGAUAUUAUUCAAUUUCUACAUAAGCAUUAUCCAAACCUAAGUUUUUGGUCUAGUGCUAUGGACAUGGCUGCAUCAUAUGCUCAAUUGGAUAUAGUUAAAUUUUUACAUUUUAAUCGUACUGAACCAUGUAAUAGAUAUACUAUGGAUGCUGUUCCUACAGCUUAUUCACACAAUGACAGCCCCGAUGAAGGAAGGAUUUUAGAGGUUGUUCAAUUCCUACACCAAAAUCGCUCUGAAGGAUGUACAACUAGUGCUAUGCAUAAUGCCGCUGAGCAUGGUCAUUUUGAAGUAGUCAAAUUUUUACAUUAUAAUCGUACAGAAGGAUGUGGCAUUUAUGCUAUGAAUGCAGCUGCGCAGGGAGGUCAUUUAAAUAUUGUAGAAUUUCUUUACAAAAAUCGUUCUGAAGGAUGUAGCAACCAUGCUUUAAAUGUUGGUCCAUUUGCUGAAGAUCAACAUAUCCAAGUCGUAAAAUUUCUAUUGGACAAUCGUAUUAUUCCAAAAGAGAAUGUUGCUCCAUUUGUAAUAGACUAUCUCACAGAGAAUUCUUAUUAUGAAAUAUUAGAUCUAGUCAAUCAAUAUAUUCAAAAUUAA